CCCCACGAGGUUGGAGCAUGGAUAAAGAACAGUCGCCCCAUUAAAUGCCCCUUGGUGCCGGUUACUGACAUUCCUGGCUAUGCUCAGCAGUGGUUCAUGUGGUGGACCUCCUGCCAAUCAGAUUGGCACAACAAGGAGGUACUCAUCCAAGAGGACGCACAUCCUGUGGGGGAUUGGUUGUGUCUUUGCCGUGGAGGGAAGAAUGAGUUUUUCAUAGUCCUUCUCAGCCUUGCAUGCUGGUGUGAGGCUAUUGUUAAUGAUGCUGAUUGUAUUUCUUUCACAAAGGCUAUGGGUGAUGUGGCUUGGGUGUUGAGUCAAAUGGUGACUGUUGGCACCCCCAGCAUGAAGCAUGUGCAUAAUACUCACAAUGAUCAAGGUUCCUCUACCCUCUGCAAGCAGUAUGUUGAUAUUUUUUUUGUCAAUCAUUAUUCACUGAUGUGUUUAUUUAGCCCCCAUAAAUAA